AUGCAAGCUCUGUUGUCAGUUAUUCUGCUGGCCCUCGCUGUACCUGCACUAAGUCAGAAUUUGAAUUGGAUUUCGCCAAAUCUGAAAUCGCUGGCCGAUGCUCAACAGCAAUGUGCCUCGUAUCUGCGUUUGACAAACGAAACAGUUGCCCGGUUUGUCAAAAACGGUUAUCCUGAUGAGCCAAGUGUUCGCAAAUUGGUCAACUGUAUAUUAAUUAACUUGAACGCGUGGGAUAACGAUAGUGGCAUCAAAGAAUACGUCAUCAGAAAUUACCUCCACCCGUACAGCACGGACUGUUGUUAUGCAAACCGAACCCAAACUUGUCUCCAGAAGGCACUGUGUCAGAUUCCACGAACAGACAACAUAGCGCGGGCUUAUUCGUCCUUCUUGUGCUACUAUCAACAUUACGGAAACUUAGUCGACGAAAAGCAAUUUGUACCAUACCGCGAACAAACAAUUUACCAACAUUUUAUCGAAGCUUUCCUGAUUGAAAAUAUUUCUCGGCAAACUUUGGAAAAUUUCAGCAAGGGCAACAUUCUCUGCGCUACCGAACUUCCGGAUCUACUUUAUACUCUUUUCGUGCGAGUCGGUCUCUAUGACCUAGAAAGCGGUUUCAAUCUAGAUCGACUGUACACUCAAUUCGGAAACGAAGAUCUGAUCUGCAAUAACACCCGUCUCUGUCAAGUGAAUGUUCGGCAAAAGUACUACGAGGAACCAACUCGUCUUUCGGAAACCUUCAAGCAGUGCCUGAUGAAUAGUAUUCCAACACUUCAAUACAUGCAGCAAUACGCGAAACAGAUUCUCGACCAGCCAACUUCAACAUGCAACAUCUGCGGAUCUCCAGCACCUUGCGAUCGUUGCCACACAACACCACCGCCAACUCCGGCCCCUGCUUGCAGCAGCUGUGGGGCUCCUGCGCCAUGCCAUCGAUGUCCGGUGAAUCCAACGCCGGCUCCAACAACGAGUCCACCAACGCUAUGCACUAGCUGCGGGGCAUCUGCACCGUGCAACCGCUGCCCGACACCAUCCCCGGUACCGGCAGCACCGAUUUGCGUCACCUGUGGUUCCCCAACACCGUGCCAUACCUGUGGUGGAAUUAGUAACCACAUCCUUCGGCUGCCGCCCAUUCCGUGCUACAACGGGAAGUGUAUUUGA